GUGACUCAUAUGCAAGAUGGUCCGGUGCUGUUGAGUCCACACAAUUUAACCAGGAAGUGUCGUUAUAAAACACACUUUUUACAUUUCAGCAGCUAGCGAAGAAGUCGAGUUUACUGCGUACAUCGUUACCAAGCAUACAGUUUUAUAGUAGUUUACGCAGCUUUACGAAUCGACAAUGGAUUGUGGAAUAAUAACUUCUAAAUCUGUUUUACUUUUUCUCAGUGUAAUAUUCUGGCUUGCAGGCGCCUGUCUUUCUUACGUGGGAUCCUAUGUGUUCACCAGCUACAAAAACUAUGACAACUUCCUGGAAGACAAAUACACUCUGCUGCCUGCAGUGAUCAUCCUUGUUGUUGCCGUGGUGAUGUUCAUCAUCGGAAUUAUUGGCUGCUGCGCCACACUACGGGAGUCUCGUGUUGGACUGGGAUUUUUCCUGGUCAUUAUCCUGAUCAUUUUUGCUGCUGAAGUUGCUGCCUUUGUGCUUGCAAUCGUCUACCAGGGACGGAUAAAAAGUGAUGUUGAGAGAUCAAUGAAUGAUGUAUUCCAGAAGUAUGAUGGAAGUAAUGCUGAAAGCAGGGCAGUGGAUUACUUGCAACAACAGGUGCAGUGCUGUGGAGUCAAUAGCUACAUUGACUGGAAUACCACUCAGUGGUACAACUCCACUGGUAACCACUCUGUGCCUGAGAGCUGCUGCAAACAGGGCUUUACUAACUGCACCGGGAGCAUGAACCAAACAGAAAACAUCUACACUCUGGGCUGUGAAUCCAAGCUGGCGCGCAUCCUGCAAGAUGUGCUGAGUUAUGCCAUGCUGGUGAUCCUGGGAUUUGCCAUUCUGAAGUUUUUUGGGAUGCUGAGUGUGUGUGUGAUCACAUGCAAGAACAGGAGACAGCGUGAAUAUCAGCCUUUGUAUUCAGGAACGUAUGCAUAAAGAGUAUUGAGAGCCCCGGAUGAUAGCACCCAGAGCUGUUCUCUUCUUCUUAUUGAGGGACACAUACUGUACACGGUAUCCAACAUGUUACAGAUACAGCUAUUGUAGUUUAACAGAGUUAUUGCCUUUUUCAAACUAGCUUAAGAAAAAGAGGAAGAUCUUCUGGUUGCUUCAUUUGCAGUUCACUUUCUGUUGACUUUUUUGUGAUGACUGAGAAUGAUACAAAGUGAAUCUACCUGACAAGAAGAAUUUGUUAGUUAAGAUAACUGAUAUUUCCCACCCAUACCAAGUUGCACUUAAAUUGGCUCCAGUAUUGACAGUGGUCCUCCUCUGCAGUGUACCUACUUGUGAGUUAUGAUGAAUUGUUUGUGGAACUGCGGUUGUCUGGGCCUGUUUUGCUUGUAACUAUGUGCUUUCAGUUUUCCAAUAGAAAUUUAAGACUGUCAUUGUGUUAUAACAUUGGGAAUUGUGAAGGUUUAUACAAGCAAGGGGUUAAUAACCGCUUCAAGACAGACCGGUCCCUUGGCUUGCAUAUAAUAUAAUAUAAUGGGCACAUUUUCUUCACAAUUCCUGAAGUUGGACAAGUUGCUCUUGCCUUAGGAAUGCAUUGGUUUUUAAUAAGGAAACAUUUUGGACAUAUUUAAUUUCUUGACAUGUAUAGCUUGGUCUUUUUUUUUUUUUCUUUCUAAAAUACAUUGUAUGUUGCAAAUGUUACAAAUUAGAAAUGGAGUUGUAAGCACCUGCUUUUCCAGCAUUGCACAGAUUGAUUUCAUUUUUUUAAAUUAAAAUAUUACAUAAAGAGAAAUAUAAUUAAUCCUGUUAGAUACUAAUUAUGAGACUUGAUUUGUUUUUGCUUACUUUCCAAGCAUUUGAUUGACCUGUAUGUACUUAACAACAACAAAAAAUCAAUAAACUUUAUAGACUA